UAGUUCCGACCCGUGUCCAAAACUCAAAGAUCAUUCAACCCUGCAAGUUUUCAUUUUUCCAUAUCCACCGCAACGCGCAUUCUGGUUUUGAACCAUUCUAAGCCGUUCUCUAAUAGGCCUCCGCCACAAAAACAAGGAAAGUUCAGCCCCACGUCUCAAACGAAACGAAACGAAACGAAAGAAACGAACCAGACAUCAUCCGAUCUGAUCCUCCCCGAUGGCUGCUGCUUCCGCUGCCCUCCAAUCCGAGCAGCUGAAGCAGCUCCGGGACAUCUUCGCACGCUUCGACAUGGACGGUGACGGCAGCCUCACGCAUCUCGAGCUCGCCGCCCUCCUCCGUUCGCUCGGCCUCAAGCCGACCGGGGACCAGAUCCACGCCAUGCUCGCCGAAAUGGACGCCAACAGCAACGGCUCGGUCGAGUUCGACGAGCUGGUCGGCGCCCUGCUGCCUGACAUGACCGAGCAGGUCUUCAUCAACCAGGAGCAGCUGGCAGAGGUGUUCCAGCUGUUCGACCGCGACGGCAACGGGUACAUCACGCCGGCGGAGCUGGCUGGCGCGAUGGCCAAGAUGGGCCAUCCCCUGACGUACCGCGAGCUGUCGGAGAUGAUGAGGGAGGCCGACACCAACGGCGAUGGCGUCAUCAGCUUCCAGGAGUUCGCCACCAUCAUGGCCCGGUCCGCCGUGGAUUUUCUUGGCUUGCGUUAGCUUAGGAGGUGGCGGUUCAUCACGAUUCAGCUUCCGUGGCCGAUCGUGAGCCGAGAUCCGCCCAAGGAAGAUUGUGAAUGAUUUGACUUGGUCCUGGUUGACUUUUAGGAUUUAGCUUGAACGUGUCCCUGGCCUGCAAGGCUAUUGUCCAGGGUGGAGAAGGAGAGUUCUGUACAAAGAAAAUUGAAGGCCAACCCUUUCUCCAAGUUUUCUGUAUGUAAAUUAUUCAUUUUCUCACCGAAUUUAUACAAACGAUCUAUUUGCUUAACAGA